GUCAGUAUAAAUUUGAUGCUUGUAAGAUGCGCUCCUCUCCAAAAAAUUUAUUUCUCUUCGAGGGUUUCGCAUUAAUUUUUCUAAUUAAUGCUAUUUCUACUCUUGCUAUCCUGUGGGAUAUGGCUAUGAAGGUUAGCUGAGGCAAAAUAGAAUCUCAGAGAAUCUCCAACUGACCCCUGCCAACUCCAGUAGACUAUCAUGACGUCACGGCUGGACAGACUAUUCGUGCUACUAGAGACAGGGUCCAGUGCAAUAACACGAAGAGCAGCAGCACAGCAGCUUGGCGAGGCACAACGUCUGCAUCCUCAUGAACUGCAUCAUCUCUUAGCCAGAGUAUCUACGCUAUUGAAAUCGCUUCAAUGGGACACAAGAGUAGCUGCUGCUCACGCUGUCCAGGCGAUUUUAGCCCAAGUUCCACAGUGGGAUCCACAACCUCUCAAACUUGAAGCACCACAGAGUCAACAACAAUGGGAUGGUCACAAGGAAGUACAACUUCGUCAAUCUAUCAAACCUCACAGGCUGAGUUUGCAGGACUUUGAUAUGGCAAGAGUCUUGGCACGUAGUUCGCAUCUAACUGGUUCCGAAGGUAGCGAGUAUGAUCUGGUUGUAGUGGAAAGUAGUGACCCCCCCAACACGCAUCAAACAGAGAAGAUAAUGGCAGCUAAACUCGGAUUUCAUCCACAACUCAUGGGAAUUGAUACAAAUGAAUUGUUCACAACCGAAGACCUGGCACCCUCCAUGCAGGCACCAUGUUCAGCGCAGACAAAAACUCCCAUCGAUGAAACCAUGUGUCAAUCUGGUGGCUUGAGCCGCCGAGAAAUGAACCGUGCCCGGCGUAAGGCACGUCAGUCGAUUUCAAAGCAACGUUCGAGAGAGCCAGACGAUUCCCAGGAUCACCAGAGUUCGGUAACGGGCGGGAGUGGAGAACCGUCCGUAAAAAAACUAAAGCAAGAUGAAAGUGCAGUUUCAGAAACAACCUGGAAUACUGAAGAGAACGGCUGUUUGGGCGUUCCGGAUGGAACUGGAUGCUGGCCAGAUACCGCAAUUGAAUGGCCACUCGAAUCAUUUGCCGAAAAUCUUUGCCAAGAUCUUUUCAGCCAGAAGUGGGAAGUUCGUCAUGGCGCUGCAACUGCAUUACGCGAACUUGUACGCCUGCAUGGAAAAGGUGCAGGUAAAGCCCGCGAUCAAACGAAAGAAGAGAUGGAUGAAAACCACCGCCAGUGGGUGGAAGACGCCGCUCUGCGACUGCUGUGUGUUUUGGGCUUAGAUAGAUUUGGGGAUUUCGUUUCUGACCAAGUCGUGGCCCCUGUGCGAGAGACCUGUGCCCAAGCGCUCGGUUCUCUUCUAUUGCUGAUGCCGUGCACUGAUAUUUCGAAAAACAAUGGAAAUUGUGAGAAGCCAAUAAAAUUAGAGAACAAAAUAGAAGAAGGCAAUGAAAUCCAGGAGGGUGGAGCCCUUGGAGUGUUGGCAGUUGUACUAAAGCUACUGCAACACAACGAGUGGGAGGCUAGGCACGGUGCUUUGUUGGCACUAAAAUACCUACUCGCGGUACGGGAAGACCUCCUCGACGAAUUACUGCCAAGAGCCUUCCCCGCAGCUAUGCGAGGACUUGCAGAUCCUGUAGACGAUGUUGGUGCAGCUGCUGCUAGUGCCUUGAUUCCAGUCGCUGGAAUUCUGCCGAAACUUCUCACGCCUGCUCAGCUUGAAGCGGUUGUAUUGCGACUCUGGGAACUCUUGCGUGAACAGGAUGACCUCGCUGCCGCUUGCAACAGCUUCAUGGGACUGUUGGCUGCUAUCUUGUCGUUACCCACUGCCCGUGCUCACCUCACGCCGCAGCCACUAUCUCAGGUUUUACCUAGGCUGUGGCCAUUUUUGGGUCAUUCAAGUUCGAGUGUUCGGAAAGCGACGCUGCAGACGUUGCUCACAUUAACCGGUGACGAAAGUCAUUCCAAGGAUGACCAGGGCCGAUGGGGAGACACAGGUAGCAAUGUUUUACAAGAAGCUUUGCGUCAAGUUUUCCAACGAGCGUUAGUUGAACACGUCGCAGGGAUACAAGAAGUAGCGGAAAAAGUUUGGCAGAAUCUCGUCGAACGGAGUGACCUUGAAUUGCUCUUACACGCAGCAUGUCCCUUGGUGAGCACCUGGCUUUGUCUCGCGAUGCAACCUGAACAUGUUCCGUUCAGUCCAUCUCUACUAGUCACAACUACUACCACUCAGCAUAACUCAAGAUCGACAAAAAGUUACAGCGCAAACGGUAGCGACGCUCAAUCAGACUCUAGUAACGGGGGGAGUAAGCCAACGUCGGAACUCAAGGUAUACAUCGGAGGGGUAGAAACAGUGGCACCAGGAACUCGUCGUGCAAAUGUGGUACGAGCACGAUGUAUGGCUGCAAGAAUGCUGGGUUUACUGUCAUGCUACGUGGUACGUCCUGCGCCUGGAGUAAAUUAUACCGCAGAUAUACCGAGUCCCGCGCUUUGCUACGCCAAAGUUCUCUUGGUUCACCUGGCCUCACGAUCAGCCCUUCAACGCACCGUUGCUGGACUCACAAUGGCCCACUGGGCAACGCUCGAACAUCCAAAUCCACCAUCGAUACCUGAUAUCCUGAGGGAGAAGUUGUUGGGCUGCCUAAACGAGUGCGUCUACUAUGAUGAGAUCGCUGUAACCUUUACUCGGCUACUGCAAGAGACGCGUGACUACGUCGCUACUCUCAAACACUAUAAGUUACCACUCACCGAAGGAACAGGUCUAGACAUAGCAGGAGUUAGCGCAGGAGUAAUGACUCUUGAGCAGAUUACAGUGCUUACCGGAAGAACGAUUUCAAGUCUUGCGAACAUCGGAGGCACAACCGGUGGUAGCAAUGCCGUUGUUAAACUUAAACCCAAAGUACUGGAGAGCCUUGAGGAACGAAGACGCGCCAUAGAAGCUGGUGCCACUGCAACUGCCAUGCAACAACAUGCGCUCAAUGUAACGUCCAUGGCAGCCCUCGCGGGAGCAGCGACUAUGCUCCGAUGUCUUCCUGGUCCAGACUCUCCGUUGAAUCCACUCGUGAAACCGCUCAUGGAGUCUGUGAAACGUGAAGAAAAUAAUCAGCUUCAAAGCCUUGCCGCACUGCAUUUGGCGCACCUGGUCGAUCUCUGUGUUGAAAGGCAGCCGUCCCCAAAUCACAAGAUCGCAACGAAUCUCUGCACAUUUUUGUGCUCGGAUGCAGAGUUCACACCAAAAGUAGCUGGCGAUGCUCAACCUUUCGAGGGGAUCUUAACAUUAACGAACAGACAGCGUCACGCUGAAAGAGUGGCUUACAAUCGUGGUGGUUUUGGGGGAAACGGAGGUCGUGGCCCUGGAAGACCACCGACGACUGAAAUACCAUUGGAAGAGUUACUGGCAUGUGAGGAGCCAGAAGCGAUAGCCGCAAGAACUCGUCGUCGUGGAGCAACUUUGGCACUCUCCUCAAUUACAAAACUCCUUGGCGCGCAACUUCCCCAACGUCUUCCAAGACUUUGGGACCUCAUGCUGCCCCCACUUUUGAAAAAUUUCACUUCCGAUCAUUAUUUAAUUUCACAGAAUAAGCAAGACGAGGCCACCACACUUGUAUCUAGUCUCCAAGUUCUCGAAACUGUUAUACCGAGUCUCGACCCUUCCCUUCUGCUACCUGUCAUCGAAUGCCUUCCCCAACUCUGCUAUUUCUUAGCACAUCCUUACAAAGCCGUUAGACAUAUGGCUGCUCGCUGUAUCGCCAUUUUAGCUACUCUGCGAACGGAAGAGGUUAUGAAGCAUGUAGUGCAUUCUGUAAUCCCGUUGUUGGAACCUAGUGGUGGCAAAGGAACUUCGAGCGAAAAUAAAGCUCAUAUAAUAAUACCAGCAGAGGUCGAUGCAAAACGUCAAGGGGCAGCAGAGGCCCUUGCCUGUCUGGUUGAAAGUUUGAGUGUGGGAGUUGUACCGUAUGCAGUUCUUCUGGUUGUACCAUUACUUGGUAGAAUGAGCGACCAAAAUCAAGGAGUGCGUCUCACAUGCAGCGCAACUUUUGCCACACUCGUUCAACUUAUGCCUCUGGAUCCUGGGGCUAUCGGUGAUCCACCUCUACUCGGAGAGGAGAAAGCGCAGGAAAGACAUUUUCUCGACCAGCUAUUAAAUCCACGUAGCAUACCUGACACGAAAUUGCCAGUCCCGGUGUCUGCGGAACUUCGUGCUUAUCAGCACCAGGGGCUGAACUGGCUUGCGUUUUUGAAUCGCUACCGUCUUCACGGGGUUCUUUGCGACGACAUGGGUCUUGGAAAGACGUUGCAAACUCUGUGCAUGUUGGCUACGGAUCAUUACCACCAUCCGCACACAUCUCCGAGCCUCGUUGUUUGUCCGCCAACCCUUACGGGCCAUUGGGUUUACGAAGCUGAUAAGUUCUUUAAAUAUAACGACCUCUCCGCCCUUCAAUACGCCGGGCCUCCCCCCGAAAGAGAAAGACUUCGACCCCGCGUCACGAAAUAUCGGCUGGUGGUCGCUAGCUACGACAUCGUGCGAAAAGACAUAGAGUUCUUCGAAGCUAUCCAGUGGAACUACUGUGUGCUCGAUGAAGGUCAUGUUAUAAAAAAUGGAAAAACAAAAAGUGCAAAAGCUGCUAAACGACUGCGAGCUCACCACCGAUUGAUACUCUCGGGUACACCUGUACAAAAUGACGUUCUCGAGCUAUGGUCUCUUUUUGAUUUUCUAAUGCCCGGAUUCCUUGGAAGUGAAAAACAAUUCGCAGCUCGCUACUCAAGACCCAUAUUAGCAAGUAGAGAGCCUAAAGCUGGCGCUAAAGAUCAAGAAGCGGGUGCAUUGGCAAUGGAAGCGCUUCACCGUCAGGUGUUGCCUUUCCUCUUGCGACGCAACAAAGAAGACGUCUUACAGGAUUUGCCGCCAAAAAUUACCCAGGAUUAUUACUGCGAGCUAUCACCUCUUCAGCGUACUUUGUACGAAGACUUCCGCACCCGCCAUUCCGCUUCUCUGGGUGGUUCUGUGCCGACCAACAACACUUCCAAUACACACGUGUUCCAGGCGCUUCGUUAUCUUCGAAAUGUUUGCAAUCACCCGAAACUCGUGUUGACACCUCGUCAUCCACAAUAUCAGACCGUAUGCGCAUCUCUCAAACAGCAACAGAGUUCGUUGACGGAUAUCGAACACGGAGCAAAACUUCCAGCUUUGAAGCAAUUGCUGCUGGAUUGUGGAAUUGGUCAGCAGCAGCAACAUUCGACUUCCACGAUCGCAACGGACAGUCAGCAACAGCAGUUAGUGAGCCAGCAUCGAGCUCUGAUCUUCUGUCAGUUGAAGGCUAUGCUAGACAUUGUAGAGAAAGAUUUACUGCGAGUUCACCUACCCACAGUUACAUAUCUACGUCUGGACGGCAGUGUUCCAGCGUCGCAACGACAUUCUGUUGUUGCUCGUUUCAACGCUGACCCUUCGAUCGAUGUUUUACUAUUGACCACCCAAGUCGGAGGCUUGGGAUUGAAUCUGACCGGAGCAGAUACGGUUAUUUUUGUCGAACAUGACUGGAAUCCUAUGAAAGAUUUACAGGCAAUGGAUCGAGCCCAUCGUAUCGGCCAGAAAAAAGUUGUCAACGUAUAUCGACUCAUAACAAGGGCAACUUUGGAGGAAAAAAUUAUGGGGCUACAAAAGUUCAAACUACUCACUGCCAAUACGGUCAUAUCGACGGAAAAUGCAUCCAUAGAAACCAUGGGCACCGAUCAGCUACUGGAUCUCUUCUCACUCGACAACAAUAAAGAUCGCAAGGCGGACAGUCAAGGCAGCUCUAGUAGCGGUGACGGGAGCGGAUCUGCAUUUUCCGGCAUUGCUGGUGUCAGCCGAUCUGUAUUAAAUAGCCUUCCGGAACUCUGGGAGCAACAGCAGUACGACGACGAGUAUGAUCUUGAUUCAUUUUUAUCAACCCUACGUGGCGAGAAUCAACCAUCUGCUGUCUAACUUCAGUGUUCUUUGUCAGAAAUUCUUGCAAACGUCGAAGUUAUAUAAUUCUUGCGUUCGGUGUAAUAAAAUAGUGCGUGACGGGACAGUAAAACUAAUGGGUUGACAAAAGUCGAGUAUCAGUGUUCGAAAAAAUUGGCCACAUGGACCUUAUGGCAAAGAGGACGUGUGGAUUUACCGUCUAUUGGACCGAAUUCGAUUAAGGCCCACAGUGUUCUAAUGUUUAUUUCUCACGUCGUUAAAGAGGGAUAAUACGAUGAACAAAAACUACUAGUGUAGUUCGUAUGUGUUUACAGUGUGAUUAUUACAAGUUUGAAAAUGCAAUAAUAGUGCCGAUUAGAGUUGCGACCACACUCAACAUCACUCACCGCUGCAGAGUGCUGAUAAGUUGCUGGUUUUGAGGCUGUACAGUUGACGAUUGAUGAAAAAAACUUUUUGAGCGAAUGAUAAAAAAGGACAAAAGUGUGUUUACAAAGAAUCUAUGGAGGUGAGGAAGCCUCUCUGAUUAACAACUGUAAAAAAUUUGGCAAACAAGAUGCAACGUGCUUGCGUGAGUAAUUUGGACACUGAAUCAAGAACAUGUGUAUUAGUUCAAUCUGAGACUACCACUCCCAGACUCUACUAAAAGUAAGUUGGAAAAAUAAAAAAACGGUUUUCUGUCCUUGUGCAACAUCUCAGCAUUCCAUAAAUUCUCUGGCUGUUCGACAUAAAGCUUUACAGAUAUAGGAUUACGAAAUUUCAAGUUAUUUCUGCCACUUACACGAGACAAUCGAUUUUGGUGAAAAAAAAUUUCUCAAAUUUCUGAAACCAACCAUAUGCAAAUUAUAACGAGAUGCAAACACGUACAUUUUCCGUUUUCUUUGAAUUUACCCUUUUUUUUUUAUAUACAUAGAAAUAUUUACCAAUUAAGUGACGAUUAGUAUCAGGUAAAAGCAUGGAUGUUCUGAGUUUAUGAUUGUUUAAUUUUUUGGAAUAAUGAUUUUGAUAACUCGAUUGUAGAACACAUGGAUAUUCUUAUAUUGUUGGGUAUAAUCGUUUAGAGGAGACUUGUAAUCAGAGCUAAAUUUCCAACAAUGGCUCAAAUAACUCUACAUUAUAAUCUAAGCGAUUCUCGUAGACGAAGUAAUAGUUGGAAAAGAAAUCACAGACAGUCAAGAUUUCCCCCUUAUUUAUAAUAAUAACUUAUAAAAAACAGCGUUACAAUUACAAUUCUGUAUUUGUACUAUAA